UACAGCCUCCCUUCCCCCCCGCCCCUCGCGCCAGUAUCUCGGGAGGGCAGGCGGUGCGGUCACCUGUGAGGAAUGGGGGAGGAGGGCGCCGGUGACUCACGUUAUACGAGCCGGCCGACCCUGACCUCAGCCCCCAGAAUAGCCGUGCUCCGCCCCCAGCCUCUGACCCCCUUCCCCAGGCACCACUCCCUGCUCCCGCGGCCGCUCCUGGAGCUCGGACCUCGACAAGUGUAUGGACUGCGAGUCGUGUCGAGUGCUACCGCAGAGCGACUUCUGCCUGGGCUGCGCUGGGGUCCCUUCAACCUCCUUUGGGCUGCUGUGGCCCAUCUUGGGGGGCGCCCUCAGCCUAGCCCUUGUCCUGGGGCUGCUUUCCGGCUUCCUGGUUUGGAGACGGUGUCGCCGGAGAGAGAAGUUUACCACCCCCAUCGAGGAGACCGGCGGGGAGGGCUGUCCUGGCGUGGCGCUGAUCCAGUGACAAUGAGCGUCCCUGGUCAGCAGAAGGCUGUACUGUACACACUCUUCAUUCAUUCAUUCAUUCUGGAGCCAGCCCCUGCCUCCCAGACAGCCAGAGCCAGGCUGCUUGCAUCACAAGGGUGUGCAGGGGUGGGGGACAGGUGAACUACUUCUGAGGCCUGGAUCCAGGCUUCAGAGGAGCCUUUGAAGGUAUCUGACUGCCCUGUCUCUGGCUCCAGGACAGGAAAGCAGAACCAGGCUGGCUCACACCAGAUGUCUGACACUAGGAACUGCAACAUUUGCACAAGGGUCCCCUAUCCCCAUGGCUUGGGGGGUCAGGCUGAAGUGAGGGACAGAUAAAACACCAGGUCCCACCUACUCAGAUGUGCUGCAAUCCCAGCACUGGGGUCUCAGCCUGGGGGUUAGGGACCUGUUCCUAACACUAGGGGGCUGGCCCUCUAGGGGGCUGGCCCUGAGACACUGCCCCCCCAACCCUCAAAUGGGGGGGAGAUAUUUAUUUUGGGUAGAAAGUUUGGAGGGGAGGGAGAAUUUAUUAAUAAAAGAAUCUUUAACUUUAAA